AUGCCACCGCAUGGUGAUGAGGUUAUUGAUAAUGUUACACCACCGGUUGCGAACACGCUGGGUGCUUCGACGACAGCGACAAGUACGUCGACGCUAAUGUUGGGUGGCGCAGGCGUGAUGGAGAAGCUUGAGGGUGCUGGCAAUUUUCUAAGUUGGAAAUUCACUAUGAAAAUGAUGCUCACACUGGAAGGAUUGUGGGACCUCAUUGUGAGAUUGGAUGAUACGCCGCUCACGGGCUCUGAUGUCGUGCGCGAUCAGCGCGCGCUGGCCCGUCUGUGCUUAGGCUUAAAACCUGGGUUGUACCAAUAUGUUCGAGACGCCAAAUCAGCAAAAGACGCUUGGAAGAAGUUGUCCGACGUUUUUGAGGAUCGCGGCCUGUAUAGGCGCGUACUACUCUUAAGACAGCUGCACCGUAUUGAAUUUUCGCACUUUAGUUCAAUGUCUUCAUAUAUUGAGAAAGUUAUGUCUCUUGUACACCAGUUGUCAGACAUAGAGAAGACCGUUGAAGACGAAGAAAUUGCAGAAAUACUGUUAAGUGGAUUGCCACCAGAAUAUGACUCGCUUGUUAGUAACCUAGAGACCCUGUGUUUGACAUCCAAACUUUCUAGCGAGGUAGUGAGAACUAGGCUGUUACAAGAAGAGCAGAGGAAGGACUCCAUGAAUGCGUCUUCGACUUCGACUACUUCAGCGUUUGUAAGCAAGAAACAGAUCACAUGCAAAUAUUGUGGGAAACCAGGACAUGUGAAGGCUAAAUGCUUUAAGCUGCGACGUGAGAAGAUGGCGAAGAAGAGGGACAACAAGGAUCAACAUGCCUCUGCCUACCUAGCCCAUGCUGCUGCCGCUGAAUUGUUUUUGGACUCGGGUUCAUCAAAUCACUUAGUGAAGGACAAGGAGUUACUGUGCAAUCUUAAGGACACUAGUGCGCAAUCAAUAUCAACAGCAAAUAAACAACAGAUGACCAGUACGAGCGCAGGAGAGCUGAACCUCGUUAUGAACAAUAAGGGUGAUGCUUAUGACAAGUGUGAAGCUUGUCUUAAGGGGAAGAUGGCCACCAAGCCUUUCCCUAAAGCCAGCUCAAGCAGGACUACCCAACCGCUGCAGCUCAUACAUAGUGACGUUUGUGGACCAUUACCAGAGGCAAGCUGGGGUGGGGCGCGUUACCUGGUCACCUUUACCGAUGACUUCACAAGGAAGACCUUUGGAUACCUCAUGAAGAACAAAUCGCAGGUAAUGUCCUAUUUUAUUCAAUUUAAAGCCUUAGUAGAAAAGCAACUAAAUUUGCCUAUUAAAUGCUUACGUUCAGAUAAUGGUAAAGAAUACUGUAAUUUAAAUUUUACUGAGUAUUUGCAAAAACAUGGUAUAAUUCACCAAACCACAGUUCCUUAUUCGUCUUCCCAGAAUGGUACGGCGGAGAGAGCAUUUCGUACUUUAUUUGAAAAAGCGCGCUGCAUGUUACAGCAUGCGUCCUUGGAAAAGCGUUUUUGGGGAGAGGCCAUCAUGGCAGCCAUAUAUUUAAAAAAUAGGUCUCCCACAACUGCUUUGUCCGGACGCAUUCCUGAAGAAGUUUGGUCUGGGUCUAAGGUGGACCUCAGCCAUCUCAGGGUGUUUGGCUGUAUGGCUUAUUCGCUUGUUCCUAAAAAUAAAAGGGAUAAGCUAGACGCUAAGGGGAAGGAAUAUAUAUUUGUAGGUUACAGUGAGACUUCUAAGGGAUAUCGACUAGCUGAUCCCUUAUGUCCUACUAAGGUGAUUAUCUCUCGAAAUGUAGCAUUUAUUGAGAACAAGUUCAGAGGUUCCUAUCCUCAACCUUCAGAAGCUGACAGCGAAGAGCAAAUAAAUAUUUUUAACUUUGACUGUGAUACAACAAAACAGAACUGUGAUAAAAAUAUUAAUGAAUUUAAUCCUAAUAAUAAUGAAUUAAAUUUUAAUAAUGAUCAAUUAUGUGUAAGUGAUAGUGAAAGUAAUGAUAUUAACGGAGAUAAUAUUUCAAUUUCAGAUGGCGUGUACUGUACUGGGAGUGAGGACGAGUCCGAACCCGCUGGUUUGUCUGCAAGCGAGGACGAGCUCGACCCCGCUGGGCUGCCUGCAAGGGAGCCAAGCUCCGAGCCUCUAACUUCGCCAUGCGAGACCACAGCUCGGGAUGGUGCCGCGACUGGUCCUGCGACUGUCGCUUCGCACACUGGUCGUCCAAUCCGCUCUACACGUAACGUACAACCUCCGAGAUUUUCCGACUAUGAUAUGACUGAUAACAGUUUUAUGGUCUUUGAAAAUCCUUUUAUCUCCGAACCACUUACAUACAACGAGGCGGUGAAUUCAGCUCAUAGUAAGGAGUGGCUGGAGGCCAUGACGCGUGAGUACGACGCACUAGUUGCCAACAAUGUGUGGGAGCUAGUGGAUAGACCCGUAGAUAAAAAUAUAGUUAAAUGCAAAUGGGUAUACAAAGUAAAAUAUGAUGCAUCUGUCACGUUGCCCGUUGGCAACCGGAUAAACUGGACAAGAUGGUUGUGCCAUCGAUUUGGAGGAGAAGAGACAGCAUCCAGUCUUCAAGCUGCUAGUGUAACUAAGAAACAACAAGCAUUACUGUUCCUGUGGCUACCAUCCUAA